CCCUAAAAGCACGACUCUACUACUCUGCAAACUGAUGGAGGUGUGGAGUAGCGCUUCAUUUCUCAGCGACAGUACACCCCUUCAGCGCAUAUGCAUAUCGGUGGCUCUUUUGUGCUGCCUCCCACUUAUAGACAGCGAUGAGAUUGAAAAAAAAAAGGAUAUGUUCUUAUCGCACAUGGCCCACGCCGCUAGGACUACGCUUAAUGCUCUCUGCGCAGAAGACCAAGCCCCGGGGUUGGCUCUGCUUGAGUUGUGCGCCAAUGCCUUCAUCCCAUCCGGUGUGGAUGCGUUGUCGUUCGAUUACGCUGAUACGAAGGAAACCCUUUUGCUGAAGAAAAUCUACAAGUCAACUUCUAAACCACUUUUUUGUUACCUGUCGCCUGUUAUAUACAAUUUUAUUAUCUGCACUAAUAAUUGCGAAGUUCCGAUAGAUAAUCCAGCUUUGGAGGGGGUUCUUGAAGAAACUUUUGAUCCAGUCGGUGAAUAUUUUGAUAACAACGGGAGUAAUUCUGAGAAAGAACACGAAAUUUCUACGUCUGAAGAUAGCAGCGAUGACUUGACUCCUUAUUAUAUCCCGGAGGAGGAGGACCUUGAAGAAGGUCAACACAAGGUCAAUCCGCCCGUCCACUUGAGGGACUGCUUGGCAGCCCUUCAGGCUGUAAACGAUCCGGACCGCCUGGAAUCAGCUCUUGGCGCCUGUGAAAAUUUAAUAAGGGCACACUAUCCUCAGCGACUGCAGGCCUUAAUUGAGGUGUCCGUGGAACUGGCGAAGAUUUUACUGCACUUACAAGAUGAUUAUUCUAUUGAAAAUUUUACAGAAAGUACUAGUAAAUCUAUAUUUUUUACGGGCGCCCACUUAGCAGUAUCAGUGAGAAUAAAGUCCAUGGUUGCUUUGACGGUCUUUUGUCCCGAAAAAGUUGCCACCUUUCUGUCCACGGAGUUUUACGCCGUUAACUACAGUCUACAGCAGGAUAGCUUUUUAACGCUCUUUGUUUUGUGCCUUGAAAAGCUUAUUGAUGUUUCUUCUUUCUAUAGCGGCUGGAUAUCUUACAUGUUUUUAGUGCUAGCGCUCAAGAAAUUGCCUCGGAGGGCGGAAGCAAGGAUGAGCUGCUUUGUUCGGCUAAAAGUUUAAUAUUAGAUUCUUGCGAAACAAAAGUUAUCAGCAGCUCCGAGGAGGUUCUUAGCCUCUUGGGGAGAAACACUCGACGUUUUGCUGCGGAGAGGUUUAAAACAACUCGUGCCAAGGCAAAUAAGUUCGCCAGAAUAUCCAAUUACUUUUUCUAUGGUCUGCUUCACCAGUACAAUAGGGACGAUGCCAACUUGUACCAAUUAAUGAGCGAGGGCCAUCUCCUCUCUGCGCUGUUGAACACGCUGGCUGCUAUCAUGAGGGCUGCCGCCCAGUCUGUUAACUCCACUUCAUACGCCAAAAC